CAUUAGUUCUUCCACACAUCUUUCAUGCUUUCUUUUCCAUAGGAGACACUUCCUCGUUGGUGCUUGCAGAUGUGGCCACUAGUUGGUAGCCUUGUCCUUUUUAUUUCAUUCAGACAGAAACAUACCUGUGGUUAAGUCUAAUUUUUCCAAGUCCUGAUGAGAAGGGUUAAUUGCGCGGGACAUUUGUGGCCAGAGAUAAAUCCACCGCACGUUUCCUGACGUGUUUUUUUUUUUUUUUUUGUUUUAUAUUUAGCCAUCAGGUGAUUUGUUUUGGUCACGAUCCGCGAGGCGCGCUCGUUCUUCCGAACAGCUGUGCGAGUUCACGAGUGACUAAAGUUUACAGAGCAGAAAUAUGAAAACACAGAGAGGGCACACCCCUCCCCUCCCCUCCUUCGGUUUUGCGUAGGUGUCGUUCAGGUUGUUUCCCGUGCUCGUGUGCAGAGGAAAAACCAGAAAAAAAGUGGGCAGGCGCCGGAGCUCGAGCCACUCCUCCAGCGGGGCCGCGGUGCGCCUCUGUUCCAAUGGAAACAGGUGGGAUCCCCGGACUCCUCCAAUCACACCCCUCCCUCUCCUCUCUCCCUUCCUGCCUCGGUGCGCGGGGGGAGAGUCCACAACCGGAGGCAGGACCCAGACCAACUUCCCACUACUCGCCACCGGAAAAGUCAGGAAAAGGCAUCUGUGUCCGCAUGACGCCGUGUCCGUCGGCCUGUGUGCGGGUUCAGAGUUGAGCGGCGGCGCUGUCGAGGGCGGUGUAAGAGCUGGGACGCUUCUCCGCGAUGGAGAACAUCUACUGACCGGAUUUGGAAUAGUUUUUCCUUUUUCCUUUUUUAUUUUUAUUUUUUUAUUUUUUAAAAGUUGGAUUUAUCUCCGCUAUAAACCGACCACGACUCGUUUUCCUCUCGGUUCACCUCCGGCAGCGCUGUGGAAAUGCCCGGAAAAACCAAGUACAACCUCGUUGAUGAUGGGCACGAUUUGAGGAUCCCGCUGCACAACGAGGAAGCGUUCCAGCAUGGGAUCAACUUCGAGGCUAAGUACAUCGGCAGCCUGGACGUGGCGCGGCCGAGCAGCCGAGUGGAGAUCGUGGCCGCGAUGAGGAGAAUACGGUAUGAGUUCAAGGUGAAAAACAUCAAGAAGAAGAAAGUCAACAUCGUGGUGUCUGUAGAUGGCGUGAAGGUCAACCUGAGGAAAAAGAAAAAAAAGAAGGAGUGGACAUGGGAUGAGAGCAAAAUGAUGGUGAUGCAGGAUCCCAUUUACAGGAUAUUCUACGUGUCUCACGACUCACAGGACCUGAAGAUCUUCAGCUACAUUGCCAGAGAUGGACAGAGCAAUGUCUUCCGCUGUAACGUCUUCAAGUCCAAGAAGAAGAGUCAGGCCAUGCGCAUCGUUAGGACGGUCGGCCAGGCGUUUGAGGUUUGCCACAAACUGAGUCUACAACAUACGCAGCAAAACGCCGACGGACAGGAGGACUGCCACAGCGAGAAGAACGGCAACGACUCGUCCGUCUCAGGCGUGCGUGCUUAUCCACCUGUGUGUGUGUGCACUUUCCUCGGCUCAGCUCGCGAGCUAACAGGCGAGGAGAAGGCGGCGACCGUCGCCGAGGAGACGGACAUCGACGCCGAGGACGUGAGCCACGCGGCGACGGAGGAGCUGAACCUCAACAGGGGAGUCACCGACCUGGACGCCACGGCCAAGACGUCCGACCUGAACCAUGCAGAAAACAAGGCUUCAGAGGAGGCUUCUCUGCUGUUGUCCAGCCCCAGGAUGCUGCUCCCAGCGUCGGGCACGCUGCCCCCCGGCGCCCCCUUGUCCGUCCACCACCAGAUCCAACUGCUCCAGCAGCAGCUCCAGCAGCAGCAGCAGCAGACGCAAGUGGCUGUGGCACAGGUUCACCUCUUGAAGGACCAGCUGAGCGCCGAGGCCACGGCCCGGCUCGAGGCCCAGGCUCGGGUCCACCAGCUGCUGCUGCAGAACAAAGACCUGCUGCAGCACAUCUCCCUGCUGGUUAAACAGAUCCAGGAGCUGGAGACUAAGAUGUCUGGACCAAAUCCCAUGGGGUCCCAGGACAGUUUGCUGGAGAUCACGUUCCGAUCCACGAUACCUCCGGUGAUCUGCGACCCCACGACGCCUAAACCCGAGGUGUCCGCCCUCAACCUGCCCGCGCUCGGCACCAACGACGGAAACAGCAACGCCUUUUCAUCCUCCAACGGGACUCUGGGAAGCCCACUAGUUGAUCAGAGUAUGUUUGAGAACUCCAUCGCCCAGCAGCAGCAGAGUCGUCAGCCGGCCGCCCGGCGCUCGGCCGCCUCCAUUAACUCCAGCCUGGGGUCCGGCGGCGUGGACUCUCCGUCCUCCGGAGGACAGCAGCGGCUGAAAAACGCCAUUAACCUGGGGAAGGCGGUGGGAGCGAAGGUCAACGACCUGUUGAGGAGGAAAGAGUCCAGUCACUUCGGGGACAUCGGAGUCACUGAGGUCAACAAGAACGUUGGAGCAGUUUGGGGCAUGGACCAACUCAACCAGAGCAACACACACAGUCACAUCUCCUCCUUCGACUCCUUCCCUCGCCUCGACCCUCCGCCCCCUUCAGGGAAGAAGCGCCUCCCCCGAGCCCUGAAGACCACCCAGGACAUGAUGAUCUCCUCCGACCCCGUGGUCUCCUCGCCGGACCCGGCAGACGCUUCCUCCUUCCUCCCUUCCCCCGACAAGGCGCCCCUCAUCAUUAAGGAGGAGAACAAUGAGGAGCAGCGGCAACAGGGUGAGAAGGAGAAGAAAGUAGAAGAGGAGGAGGUGGAGAGGUCGACGGCCCCCGAGGAGAGCAAAGCUGAUCCAGAAACAAAUCGAAGCAACAGCAAGGUGGAAAGAGGAGCAGAGGAGGAGGAGGCGGUGGGAGACGGGGGCAGCGAAGGAGGCGUGGAGGAGCGCCAGCACCAGCUGCAGCUCUCCGUCCCAGACCUCAUCAACAAAGAUCUCCCCCUGGAGUCCAGGGCCAAACCCUGCGACGUUUGGCAGAAGGCUCCGGGGCCCGACUCCCGGCUCGCCUCCACUCCCCUCCGCUCCUCGGGCAAAACUCAGUGUCGCAUCAGCCUGGGCGAGGAGGAGGAGGAGGAGGAGGAGGAGGAGGAGGUCCUGCUGGGGAACGGCGCCCCCUGCAGUAAAGGCUCGGUGGUGAGCGCCGACGACGCAGAGCCUCAUCCAGACCUGCUCUCGUUUGAGUAGAAACUUUUUUCUUUUUUUUUUUACCCUAGAAACGUCUGUGGAAGUAAUUCAAACAGACUGCAAUAAUUACCACGGAUCCAAUAUUCACUGCCACUUUUUAAAUAUAUAACACACUCCACUGCUGCUCCAGCCUUUAGGGAAAGGGAACGAGAGCUUCCAGGAACGGGAGGGGGGUUUGGAUGUGUGGAUGAGUUCAAAGGUCAACGUAAAAAACGACCGAAUCUGAGGAUGAAACCAUGAACAGACGAUGGUUGAGGAACAUUUUUUGGUUCAUUUUUGUAAAAAUCUGACUCCAAACUGUAAGAGAUUUUGACCUGUUCACGUUGUGUUUCUUUGUUGUUGGCUCUUACAGCGCAUCACGUCUGCUUUAGUGACGCAACGGCAAUAACGUUAUGUAAUAAUGAAUGUAAUGAGCGUGAUGAAAUAUCCUUUAAAUGGGCUAAAAAUGUCAAAUCAUGUUAGAGAUGUUUUUUAUUGCUGAAAAAAAAUCUACGUUAGGUUAGUGAAACAGCAACCCUGUCUUUUUUAAAACGUUUUUUUUUAUCAGUAUUAAGUUAUUAUAUAAUAGGUUUUGUUGCAUUAAUGACAUUUUUCAUCUAUUUACGGAGACAUUUCAUUACACGUUACUCAUCAGUCACACAAUAGCUGCUGUAGUGAAGCUGAUUAGCGACUAAUAAGGAGUUUUACGGCAAUAUAAAUCACGUUAAGUGUGUAAAUGAUGGAUCCUGUGAGGCAGAAUCAGGGGACGACAGCAGAGAAGAGGAAGAAGAAGAAGAAGAAGGAAAGUGAAUGGAGAAGGAUGAAAGAACGUGAAAGUGUUUUAGAGAUGGGAAAGUUUAGGGGAAGUUUCACUUUCAGUUGAGUUCGAACGGGACUUUGAGCCUUUUUCCCUUUUAGAUUCAUUCAUGGGAAAUCAUUUCUGGACUUGACUUGUUCCCUCAUACGCGAAGAUUAGCGGCUUUUUUAACAUCUCUAAUCUUUUUUAAUCAGUUUUUAUUUUCGUGCAUGUCAGAUAAAGAUGAGAUCACAUUUUUUUAUACAUUUAUUAGAUUGUACCAGUGAUGAGGAACCUACAACACCAUCAGCUUGGCGCAUCCAUAACAAUACUUUUAGUUUAUUCCUGGAAACAUAUUAUGAAAAAGAAGAAGACUGUGUUUUCCAAACGUGAGGACUCGUUAAAUGAACUAAAUUCACGCUUUAAAUCCUGCAGUUUAUCCAGUUAAAAGCGAUGAGUUUCAUUUCUUGCUCUUGGUCCAGACUUGUAAUCUCGUAGUGGAUGAGAAGGGCUUCAAGUCUUUUUGCUCUGGCUGAACUGAAAGUGAAUUUUCGUUACAACCCUGAAACCUCGACAGAGAGUCCAGACAGACGGACGUAUGGACAGGACAGGACAGGACAGGACAGGACAGGGCAGGACAGGACAGGACAGGACAGGACAGGACAGGACAGGACAGGACAGGGCAGCGUUUGGAGGGAGCGCUGCAAGUCACAAGUAGGUUUUGAGGUAAGAAAAUGAGCUGUCACCCAGAGAGAGAGAGAUAAAAGACGUGUGUUUGAUUCGAAAGACCAAAGACAGAAAUCAGCGUCUCCGUCGGACGACUCGUCUUUGUCAAGAAACCAGGAGCAAUAAUUGAAGAGCUUUUCUCUUCUUUUAUUUCAUCUGCUCAAAAAAAAAAAAAAAAGAAAGUGGAAACCAAAGUCAUUUAUGAGACUAUUUUUAAUAUUUUAUAAUCAUUUGUGACGUCGUAGAGAAAGAGGGACUGACUCAGGUGAAAGGUUCAAGUUAUUUUAACACCAUUUAAAGCUGAAAGAUGUAUUUUUAUAUCACUGUUGUUUUGUGCAGCUGCGUCCCAACACAGGUCACAGUCCCACAACCUGAAAAUAACCCACUCCUCCACUGUGUUCCUCUACGAAUGACCCGCCGUCAUCGGAGGGACUCGCCGACAUUAGAAAAACAGCAGCGAGGACACAGGGGACGGACACAGGGGACGGACACAGAGACGGCUUGUGGUCGAGGCCAGUUCAUGCCCGGUAGAAUGAGAGGAAUGUGGAGCCGGACUUCGUGAGAGAAAGGGAAGCUUUGUCUCAGCCCCGUCUCCCCGGGACUUUAGCAACAUGCAACCAAACUACAAAACAACUGAGGUCAAAAACCCAAAUGAGUAGAAAUCAUUUUCCCCAUUAGUCCCACGGGGCAAAUUCACAGAACUUAUUUGAGAGAACGUGUGGUUUGAGGAGUGAAAACCUGCAAAAUCCAAACAUCAGCCUUCUUCUUUAACAUAAAUUUGAUUAGAUUUGCUUCUUAAUCAACGUUCAGAGAACAGAACUUGUUUUAAUCCUGAGGUAGUUCUGGUUCAGCUUGGACUAAAGUUUUGGGUCAUUAUGUUGCUGUAGGUUGAAGCUCUGACCAACUAAACCAGAGGAGACUGAUGCUGGUGUAAAACUUUUGACCGAUAGUGUAUGAAAAUAGCGAUAAAGUCAUUUUUUUUUGGUGCAGAUUGCACAACAAUCAGAGUUGAACUCUCUUCGUCGAGGUCACGGCAAACCCACAAAACAAAGCUGAAACUAUGGCAACUAGACUUGUUCCCGGAGACUUUUCCGAGUAGAGGAACCCGAAGAAGCGAUUUUGGAUAAUCACGAGUCAUGAGUUUUAUUUAUUAAGUCGAACACUUUGUCGUAAAUUUGAUUAGUUUAACGAGACACAGAAUCAAAUGUCACAUCAUGAGUCAGUGGGAAAGACACCAGCAGAAAUCCCUCGUGGAACAACCAAAAUGAACUCCUCGCCUUCACGUAGGAUUCGAUGUGUCACAGGUGGGAGUGGGUCAGUCAGCGUAGAGAUAAAUGCAGGUAUCAGAGGUUUUAACCUCCUUUAACGAAACCAAACUCAGACCGCUGCUUGUAUUCAGAGAGUAAAUCUGUAUGAGGCUUAAAUCGUUAGUGCAAAGAGAUGCAUAGAGAGUAGCUUUACUUUAAUAAAACCACUGUAGUGUGUAGAUUUCUCGUGUGUGUCUGCAGGUGAAGGAACAGCCGUGUACAUUUUUCUGCUCUUUUCUGUGAAUAUGCAAAAGUGGCUCUAACAAAUGAAGGAAAGUGAUUUAUUUUGAUAUCCGCUUAUAGAAUCUAGUUACGUGUUAUUUAGCUUCCUCGGAAUUUGAUUAAAGAAAAAGAAUUAUCCUGUGUUUUUUUUUGUUUUUGAUGUUUGUUUGUUUGUUUGUUGUAAAGCUGGUUGACAUAAUUACAGAAAAUUACGACGAAUGAAGGAAGCUGAACGCUGCACAUGAAGGUUUUUUGUUUGUUUUUUUUUUUAAACAAGGGACAAAUGGAAAGCUGAAGCAAAACGGGGACAUUUUAUUGAUUAUUAUUGAUUAUUCUUUAAGGUGUUGUUUUUUUUUCUUUUUACAUAAUGAAAAAUCAAAAUGACUCAAUGAUUUUUUUUUUUUUGCAUUUUAUUUUCCUAAUAUACCUUUUUUUUUAUAUAAUUCCUGCAAUGACUGUAAUCUUGUAUGAAAACAAAAAAAUCUGGAAAUAGAUCUAAUUAUGAACCUU